CUUAAACCGCCCAACACGUCGUGCGGAAACGGCCAAAAACCGGUUUCUCGAGGAGCGCUGAGAGAAACGAAAGCUAAACUUGGACACGAGUUUCGUUUUCCCUGAGCGGGGUUUUCUGUGAGCUACUCUGUUCACUACACACACGGUACACCACUGCACCGGUCCAGAGUACAGUACAGUACAGUACAGUGCGGCUCGGGAAGGCAGCGCAUUAACACAACUUGAGCGUUUUCUUUCUCUUUCUCUCAAACCUACCCAACAACAUGGAGCCUGAGGAAUCUGAAGGGUGUUCGAAGGGUGUGUGUGACGCACCAAAGGAUGUAAGCAGUACCCUGAACCAGCACUUCGAGGAGAAGGUGCGCCCGUGCAUUGACCUCAUUGACUCCCUGCGCUCCCUGGGAGUGGAGAAGGACCUGGCGCUGCCGGCCAUCGCUGUAAUUGGAGACCAGAGUUCUGGGAAGAGCUCUGUGCUGGAGGCUCUGUCUGGGGUGGCUUUGCCCCGGGGCAGCGGGAUUGUGACACGAUGCCCCCUGGAACUGAAAAUGAAGAGACUAAAGGACAAACAGGAAUGGCAUGGAAAAAUCAGCUACCAAGACAUAACCAAGGAGAUUGAUGAUCCUUCUGAAGUCGGCAGACUGAUUCGAGAAGCCCAAGACGAAAUGGCAGGUAUAGGUGUGGGAAUCAGCGAUGACCUUAUAAGUCUAGAGAUCUUCUCACCAGAUAUCCCUGACCUCACCCUCAUUGACCUCCCAGGAAUUGCUAGAGUUGCUGUAAAGGGUCAACCUGAAAACAUUGGAGAACAGAUCAAAAGACUGAUUAAAAAGUUCAUCACAAAACAAGAGACAAUAAAUCUUGUUGUGGUGCCAUGCAACGUUGAUAUAGCCACAACGGAAGCUCUAAAGAUGGCACAAGAAGUGGACCCUGAUGGCGAGAGGACUCUUGGUAUUCUGACGAAGCCAGACUUGGUGGAUAAAGGCACAGAGGAGACAGUGGUGGAGAUUGCUCACAAUGAGGUGAUCAACCUGAAAAAGGGCUACAUGAUUGUCAAGUGCAGGGGACAACAAGAGAUCAUGGACAGGGUGUCUCUCAGUGAGGCCACUGAAAGAGAAAAAGCCUUCUUCCAAGACCACGCCCACUUCAGCACCCUUCUAUAUGAAGGCUAUGCCACCAUUCCCAACCUGGCAGAGAAACUGACCCUGGAGCUGGUGAAUCAUAUUGAGCGAUCUCUGCCUCACUUGGAAGAGCAGAUUGAGGCAAAACUUGCUGAUGCAUAUGCCGAGCUGGAGAAGUAUGGAAAUGGACCUCCCACAGAAAGAGCAGAGAAGAUAGUCUUCUUGAUUGAUAAAGUAACAGAAUUCACACAAGAUAUUAUCAGUCUGAUCACUGGAGAAGAGCUGAAGAAUGGAGAAAAGCUUAAUCUGUUCGCCACAUUGAGAGAUGAAUUUGGAAGGUGGAAGAACCACUUGGAUCGUGCAGGAGAGAAAUUCAACAAGACGGUUGAGAGUGAAGUGUACAAUUAUGAAGUUAAGUACCGGGGUAGAGAACUUCCUGGUUUCAUCAAUUACAAGACCUUCGAGGUGCUGGUGAAGGAUCAGAUCAGGCAACUUGAGGAGCCAUCUGUGAAGAAGCUCAAAGUUGUUACAGAUAUUGUAAAGAAAGCAUUCCUACACCUUGCUCAGCAGGAUUUGAUUGGAUACCCCAACCUUUUCAAGACAGCCAAGACUAAGAUUGAAGCCAUCAAGCACAGCAUGGAGUCCACAGCAGAAUCCAUGCUGAGGACACAGUUCAAGAUGGAGCUAAUCGUGUACACUCAGGACAGUAUAUACAGCCAAUCCCUGAGGGACGUCAAGGAGGAGGAUGACGAGAAUAAUGUUCCCACCUUGAGGAGGAGCACGAUUUACACUACUGACAGCCAUGCGACACUGCAGGAGAUGAUGAUGCAUCUCAAGUCGUACUAUCGAAUUGCCAGCCAGCGUCUGGGCGAUCAGAUCCCGUUAGUUAUACGCUACCAGAUUCUGCAGGAGUCAGCUCUAGAGCUCCGCAGGGAGAUGUUGCAGAUGCUGCAGGAGAAAGAGAGUGUGGAUUACUUGCUGAAGGAGGACAACGAUAUUGGGAGCAAGAGGGCUUCUUUGCAGAGCCGCAUCAAGCGCCUGACAAAGGCACGCAACUACCUGGUGGCAUUUUAAUCCCUGCAACUUUCUUUCGAUCGUGUUUUAAUUGUAGUCUAAAUCUGUACAGCUAUGACAUCUUAAAUGUCUACGAACACUUUAGUACUGUGCAGUAAGUAUAUUUAGUGUUACUUUACAUGUAUUUAUUGAAUUGAUUUCUUUGCCAUGUAAUCGUGAAAUAAAAACAAAAAUACACAGCAAUUUUAGUUUUCUUUGUACAAGGUCGCUAUAACUAACAGAUUGAUAUCUGAAAACAGCCUGGUUUUUCAGGAAUGAAGUAUGCUCUUUAUGCAAGUGAAGUUUGUAGUAUAUAAUAUUUGCGUUCCUUACGUAUUUCUGUUUUAAUGUCUUUUGGAAAGCUCUUGUGAUGUGCACUCAUGUAGUGUGACUUGUCCACUUGGUAAAUAAUAAAUUUGUUG